AUGCCGAAGCAAGAUUUCGAGUACCACGAUCUUCUGGGAGUCGUCGCCGUCUGGUGCGUCUUCUUCGUCUUCAUCGGCAUCAUCUCCGUCACGUGCGUCAAUUUCUACUGCAUCCACGACUACGACGACAUCACCAAGCUCGAGAAGGUAAUUAUUAUUUCGAAAAGUGCACGGCGGAUGGAGUUUUCUAGUCCCCCGGUCGUCAGAUUUCAAAAAUAGUUCAAAUUUCGUUUCGCCACCCGUCUCAGGGUCAAAAUCGAAAUUCGGACCGAAUUAUCCGAGUGCCGCGUGUACUUCUCGUGUUUUUUAAAGAAAUAUCCACCAAAAUUCGGGACUUGACUUCAAAAAUAUUUUUUUUCAGUGGGGCCGUCGCAAACGUCUCGGAGUCCGUCUCGGAGUGCACAACCGCGCCGCCAUCGACCACCAGAUCUCGCUGGAGAAAUUCAAGACGGACAAGUAG